CCAAAUAAGCAGUUUCUCAUUCAUUCACCGCUUCCUUUAUUGACUUCCCUCCAUGGCUGACCAAAUCCUUUCUAAAAUCCCCUCCUUCCCAAGCACAGUUCCACCUGCUGCUGCUGCUGCUGCUUCUUCAUCAUAAUACAGGAUGAGCAACAACGGCACAGAUAAUUCCUCUGGAUUCCUAGGAUCCAACAACAUCAGUGGAUUCGGGUAUGGCAUAGGAAUAUCAAGUGGGAUUCUUCUGCUUGUCACCACCAUCACCCUCACUUCCUAUUUCUGCACCAGAACACAGUCACCACCGUCUUCUCCCUCCCCCUUGGCUGCUCGGAGAAAUCUCCCCACUUUCUUUGAGCCGCAUCACACGGUGGUGGAUGUGGGGAUAGACGAAGCCACCAUUCUGAGCUACCCCAAGCUUCUGUAUUCUGAGGCCAAGCUACAAAAGCCAGAUUCCACGGGGACAUGCUGCUCCAUAUGCCUAGGAGAUUAUAAAAGCAGGGAUAUGCUUCGGGAGUUGCCGGAUUGUGGUCAUAUAUUCCACCUUAAGUGCAUUGAUCCAUGGCUCAGAAUGCAUCCAACGUGUCCUCUCUGUAGAACAUCUCCUGUCCCAACACCACUCGCCACGCCUCUCGCCGAGGUGGCUCCAUUGACCACCAUGCGGGUACCAUAAUCGUAGGGACUAGCGACACUUGAUCGAAGCAGCAUCAGAAAUCUGAAAUGCUUUCAUAUCAUCAUUGUCACGCUAUGAAAUUAAGACGCAGUUAUUGAUAGAGCAUUCUUUUUCUUCUGUGGGUUUUUAUCCCCCUCUCGUUUGAUUUGAUAUUGUAAAUUCUUUCCUAUUGUGGCAGGGUCCAUCAGUAUUAAAAAAAAAAAAAACGGGUCAAUGUCUAAUUAAUU